CUGGGUUGUUUCGACUGUCGUUUUUGUGUCUACUCGAUUCAACAGCAGUCGCUACCUGUUCUCGACACUUCAACGCCUUAUCUACUCUUAAUAUCCCGAUCAGAUCAGAUCAGACCAUACCAUAAUACCGAACCCCUAAUUCGAGGGCGCUCUUGCAUCAAAGCAUCAGUUACAUCUGUUUUUGCUCGACUAUUUCAUAUUCAUAAUGUUGCGAUCUCUUGUUGUUGCUGCCCUUUUGGGCGCUAGCUCUGUCGCCGCUGUCAAGUGCACGCGCAGCAGCCACUGUCCCGAGGACUCGCCAUGCUGCUCCACCUAUGGUGAAUGCGGUGUUGGUGCGUACUGCCUGGGUGGUUGCGAUCCUACAAUGUCCUUCUCCCUCGACUCUUGUGUCCCCGCUCCUGUUUGCGAGGACCGCAAGAUGAAGAUGAACUCCCUUGAUUCAAUUGUCGAUAUCGGCAAGUAUCUUGGUGAUUCUUCAAAGGCCGACUGGGUUGCACAGGGUGAGCCUGUUGUUUUCCAGAACAACGUUCUUCUUACCAUGCCCAAGGACAGUGUUGGCACUCUGCUGUCUUCUACUGUCUACAUGUGGUAUGGUAACGUCAAGGCUCGCUUCAAGACCAGCCGUGGUGCUGGUGUCAUUACUGCUUUCAUUCUCUUCUCUGACGUCAAGGAUGAGAUCGAUUAUGAGUUUGUUGGUACAGAGCUCGGCGAUGCUCAGACCAAUUAUUACUUCCAGGGCAUCACCAACUACGAGAAUUCCGAAAACAUUACGCUGUCUGAUACCUUUGCCAACUUUCACGAUUACGAAAUCCGAUGGACCCCCGACAAGAUUGAGUGGUGGGUUGAUGGCAAGCUCGGCCGAACUCUCCAGAAGAGUGAUACCUGGAAUGCCACCUCUAAGAACUUUGACUUCCCUCAGACACCCUCUCGCGUGCAGCUUUCUCUGUGGCCUGGUGGUAAGGAGGGUAAUGCCGAAGGUACUGUAGCAUGGGCUGGAGGUCCUAUCGACUGGGAUGCUCCCGAUAUCCAGAAGAGUGGUUACUACUUUGCUACCUUCUCCGAUGUUGAGAUCCAAUGUUUCAAUGCCAAGUCUGGUCCUGGCUCCAACUCGGGUACUAGCUACUGGUACAAGGAUGCUGCUGGCACCAACGACACCAUUGUCGACGGUGACAAGAGACACACCAUUGCUUCUCUGAUGGCCACUGGUGAGGACAUGGACAAGGGAAAGAAGGAGGACAAGAAGAAGGAUAGCAAGGACGAUGACAAGGACGAUAAGGACAGCAAAGAUAGCAAGGACAAGGAUAAGGACAACGACGACGACGAUGAGCCUGCCACUAUUCCUGGCGGCAGCAGCGGCGCGCCUUCCAACGACCACGGAGACGAUAGCAGCGAUGACAGCAGCUCUGGUUCCGGUUCUGGCAGUACCCCCAAGGGCAACCCUGACGGCAGCACAGAUGAUACUGAGCCCGCUGACACCACCAACUGUGAGACCAACAGCUUCAACCAAGACUGCGCCAGCUCGAGCUCUAGCUCGAGCAGCAGCAGCAGCAGCUCAGAUGAUGGAAAGGGUUCCAACGCUGGCACACGGAACGGCGCAAGUGCUCUGGCCAUUAUCAUCGCCGGUGGUGCUCUGUUCUGGCUGUAGUCAAUGAUGAUGGCGUUUGAUGUCCGUCCUGCGACUCCCCCCAUUAACCUCUCUUUUUUCUUACCGCUCUUAUAUAGCAUCUCACCGCACGUUUCCUGUUUAGCAUUUCAUGACGGUGGGCAUUGAGAUUUUGUAUGUAAUUUCUUCUCUUUCAUG